GCUUUCAUCUAGCUUGGCACAGAGAGACAUACAUACCCCAAAGAGUGCGGGUGACACGUACGUGGCACUGCUGCACCGAAAGGCAGAUGGCCCUUCUUCAGGUCAAUAAAGACAUCAUUGCCACAGGAAUGAAGAAAUUCAGUGUUCUCCUGGAUCAGCAGGUCUUUUCUGAACCUCCUAUCUCUGAAGAAGCCAUGGUGGUCGUGGUGAAUGAUUGGGUGAACUUCUACGUCAACUACUACGGGCAGCAGGUGACAGGGGAGCAGCAAGAGCAAGACCGGGCUCUGAAUGAACUCCGUCAGGAGCUGACCACUAUGGCCAGCCCAUUCCUGGCCAAGUACAGGGCCUUUCUGAAGUCCUUGUGAGCGUCUGACUCACCCACUGCCUUCCCCCAGCCCAGAGACCAGGCCUUCAUCUCUCCCAUCCUGGCUCUCUCUCCUGUCUCCAGACUGUGCCCCUUCCUGCUGUUACUAUAUUUUUGACACCUCAAUAAAUGCUGAUAUUGGUUUUACUGGA